AUGGCCUACGCACAAUGGGUUAUCAUCCACAUCAUCAACAGCUUCCGUAGCGGAACCAUCAGCGUCAAGAACGCCCAAGCCCUCUGGGGCAAAUUCUACAAAGACAGCAACAAAGACGCGGAGAUCUCCAGCGCCGAGGUCAGCCAGAUCACCAUCCCGGCCAACGGCACGGCCGACGUCGCCGCGUGCGGCCGCUCCGACGCGUCGUCCGGCACCGAGGGCACCAUCGACCUGUACGAGGACGACACCAAGAUCUGCACCAUCUACUGGGACUGCCCCUGGGGCAGCAAGAGCAAUCACUUCGAGAUCCGCGACCGCAACUCCGCUGCCGGAUAUAUGGUCAGCAACAGCCCGUACAACGCUGAUUCUGGUGCGCUUGGUAAGAUUGAUGUCGAGGUUGCGAGGAAGGGCUAG